UCACACUGAUCGGGUCGCGGAUGCCUAAAAUUGGUUUUGCGUUAAAUGAUGGUUAAAAUGUUGAAUGUUUGAAUGAAAUGCAAGCUGUGUUGAUAACUGAAAUACUCGUGUGAGUUUCAUAUAAGCCAACAAAUUGAUUAAAAACAAACCCCCGAAAAUGUAAAAACUUAAACGACGCAGAGGAGAAGCACUCACACACACACGGAGGACACUAAAGCUGGUGCCAUAUACACACACACACACACUGUAAAUAAAUAAAGUGAUUUGAUGAUAGAUAUUGGAAAAAUUACAAUUUCGAGCCAUACGUGGAACAACAAAAUACAACCACAACCUUUUGAUUAAACCAACAACACCUACGAAUACGAAAUUGAAGCAGAAAGAGGCAGAAUUCCUUUGCCUCUUAACAUAAUUCGACGACCACUUGAAACAUACCCCGUAAUCAAUUGUCUAUUCAGAAGAUGAUUACGGGCCAUGAAACGGAGCCAACAAAUUCAACGCACUUUGCGCCAACAGCAGUCGCCGACGCCGCUGCCGUCGCCGCGACAUCUGUGGUGGCCCGUGUAACGGAAACAGCCACAGUGGCGGCAGAGGCAGAGGCAGUUUCCUCGCCGCCUCCCGCCGCACCAGCAGCAUCGCCAGAAGCAGCAGCCGAGGGUCAUGCUCUGACAGCUCCACCAUCGACAUCGUUGUUGGGGCUGUCACCUGUGGCCGAGAGAACCGAAUUAGCCAUAACAGCUGAUGUCGCUGCAGCUGCGGCUGCUCAGCAGCAGCCAUUGUCAUCGGCGGCACCGCGAACGGAGCCCGCAUUCGACGUUCAGAUGCGUACGCACCAAAGACAAAAGAUAAAGAGCUACCACGAUGCAAAGCAAACAGCGGUAUGGCGCACCGAUUCACUGGUCUCCAAUCCCAACUCGACCAUGUGCCCCGACUCCUCCCUGACACCGGCAGCGGCAGGAGUGGUGGUAGGGCUACCCAUGAGAGGUGUAGUCCUGUCUACAGCGCCCAGUAUAUUGCAGCGCAAGUCGUCGGACAGCUCGUUGGUGAAUGCCAUACCACGUCGGGUCUCGUUUCCGGACAACGCCUUGGUCACCGGAUAUCUGGAACCAGCCAAUCCAUGGAAACAAGCCUGCCUAGUGAGGAGCAUUGCCGAGAUCGUGGAUGAGUAUAAACAGUCGUGUGUAAAGCACAGCACAGAGUCGCUACAGAGUAUUGUGGAUCAUCUAAAUGGCCUGGACCUGACGCUGCAAACUCGGCAACCGCUGCUCUCCCUCAAAGGAGAGAAACUGACGCCCAACGGUUGCGAGGCCCUCGAGGAGAUAUUCAAAAGGAUACAAUAUAAAACCAUCGAUCUGUCGGAAUGCAAUCUGGACGAGAGCUGUUUGAGUCCGCUCUUCCAGAUGAUCGAGUACUAUGAGGCGGCAUUCGAGUUGGACAUUUCGUACAACAAGGCGCCGAUGAUAAAACGGGGCUGGGAACUGUGCGCGUACAUGGUGGAGCGCAGUCAAGAGCUGAAGCUACUUAAUGCAGAGAGCAAUCAGAUCACCCGACUGGGUGCCGAAAGCCUAGGCCGCGCUUUGGAAUCGUCCAAUCUGCACACGCUCAAGCUGGAGCACUGCGGUCUGAGGGGACCGCCACUCACCGAACUCUGUCGUGGGCUCCACAAGAACAAAAUGCUGAAGGAGCUGUGGAUGGGCUACAACGAUCUGGACUGUACGGAUGCCAAGCACAUAGCCGAUAUGUUACGUUACAACCACAGCCUGGAGCUCAUCGACAUAAGCAACAACAACAUUCGAGACGAGGGCUGCAAGUAUUUGGUGCAAGAUUUGAUCCUGCAAUCGACUGAACUGGAACGUCGAUUGGGCGCUUUGAAGCGUGCGCGAGCCAUCGAGGUGGAUGAAUCGCUGGAGGCGACGGACUACAGUCCAUCAUUAGUGUCCAAAACGGAGACAAAUUUUGCAUUCUCUGAGCAUGUGAAAGAUGUCGUUGACACGGGCAGUGGCGGUGGCUGGGAGUUGGCUGCUGCUGCUGGCGAGCCAACUGGAGCGGUGGAGCAGCCAUCAACAUCCGCGAGCAUCAGCGAAUCAGCUGUGGGUAUCCUGGUGGAGGUGGAGAAUGAUAAUGAGGAUGACAACACCGAGGACGAUACUGUGCGUACUGUAAGGAACUGCAGUAGCGGCGGCGGCGGCCAGUCAAUGCUGGACAAGCUGCUCUCGAUGAAUAGCGACAGCAGCAGUAGCAUAGAGGAGGCGCCAUCCACCGACACACUUGCUGCCUGCUGCUCUGAGGAUAUAAGCGAGAACAGCAAUGACAUAUUUGAGGCAAGCAGCGGAAAGCAGGCCCAGCAGCAAUCGCAACAGUCAGCAGAAGCAAAAGAAAUUACUGAAGGAGCAGCAGAAGAAAGCUCGACAGUUGUGGAUGCCACAACGAUGGUUUCUCCAGAUAAGGAGAGCACGGAGGAGAAGCCACAGCAGCAGCAGCAGCAAAGUUCCCAAAAUGAACGCAACUUAUGUGAUAUUACUCCCUCAACAGAGGCUAAAACCGUUGAACCGAAACCCAAUGAAUCCUGUGUACAGAACAACAAUAUCAACAACAACACUACCCAAGCAGCAGUUGCAGCGCCACAAAAUGCUGAAAUUACGGUUGCGAGUCCCAGUCAAAGCGGCAGCUCGACGCCGCCAGCAGCUAUCUAUGAGGUAACCGCCGAGGAGAGCGAUUGCUGCAUCAAUGGCAGCGGCAAUGGAGUGGCGGUGAGCGGAUCGCGACCACUCGAUGUAAAUAAAAACGCCAAGAGUGCUGGCGAUGACUUCGAGGACACGCAUAGCAUGGACUCGGCUUUUGAGAGUGCAUCAGAGGGUGAUAUUAGUCGCCACCUGCCUGAGGAGUUUAGCCGGUUGUCCGUGUCGCUGGAGAGCACGCGACUGGACGAUAUGGUCAAGGAGAUGGGCGGCAUUGAGACGGCCACUAUUGCCACAGAGUCUACAGAGUGUCUGCUGGUGGCAGAGGAGGCUGCGGCGGCGGCGGCGGCGACUGCAAAGGCAAAGGCGACGCCUGUCAUCAAUGAUUCAUUCCAGCAGCCGAAGGUGACCAUUGCCGAGGAGUGCCGUCCAAAUACAUAUUCUUAUACCGGUCCCAGUCCCACGCCUACGCCGCCACCGCCAUCGACAUCGCCGGGCGGGGCAAGUAUCGGAAUGCGACGCACCGAAUCGAGUUGUGCGUACCUCAAUCAGUCCACGCGGAAUUGGUCGCACAGCGCGGAGAGUCUGUGCAGCGAUACAUCGCUGGAUGGCAACAACAGCAACAACAGCACCGCCAACGAUCCAGAUUUCGCGGAGAAGCUCACCAAGAACGAUACACUAUCCAGGCGACAACUGGCGGAGGCAGCCAACCUUGAGGCAGCCAAUAGGUCGCCCAGCGGAUUGAAAGCCCUCACCAUGUGGAACAAUAACCUGACCAAGGAUUGUGCUAGCAGCGUGGCAGAGCUGCUGGAGAAGACCAUAUCGCUGGAGCUGCUCAACAUUGGCAAGAACUGCCUGUCCAAUGACUUUGUGAGCACCAUUAAGGAGAGCCUCACCAAGAACACGACCCUCACGACGCUGGGGCUGCAGAGCGCCCAUCUGAGUGCCAAAGGUAUCGAGACACUGGCAUCCAUACUCAGCUUUGGGGGCAACAGCAAGCUCCAGCGCAUCGAUAUACGUGACAAUAAACUAGAGGUCGAAAGUCUGAACAUAAUCGCCGAGGUGCUCAAGUCCAACAAGACCCUCACACAGAUCGACAUCAAUGAUGAGCCAAAGCGUCUGACGUUGCCAAUAGUGCCGAUAGUAAAUGUAAUACCGCCAUCGCCAUUGCCCCAGGAGUGCAUUGGCAGCGAUGCGCAUUUGGACUACACACGAGUACUGGGUACAGUGCGUUCCAUGUGUUCGCGCAACGAGAAGAUGCAGGCCCAGGAGCUGGCGGAGAGAGCGGCGGCGAUUGUGGGCGGCGCCGGCAUCAAUGGCAAUGGCAGCAACAGCAGCAGUGGCAGCUUCUAUAGCGGCUAUCGGUGUCGCGGCGGUUACUACUUGGGCUCGCGGAAGAUCUCACUUACCUGCCAAAGCAGGCCGUUUGUGGAUGCCACCACAGGCACUGUGACGUCCGUGGCAGCAACCGUCGCCAUGCCCACACCGGCCGCCGUCCUACUGGAGGUGAAACGGAAGACGGGUACACGUCUCCGUUCGCCGGGUCCCAGUCCGCCCACGAUCUCGCCGUCGUCCUCGCCCAAUCGCAGCCGCUUUCAUGUGUCCCGUGUGGCAGAGGUCAGCAGCAGCAUCAACAACAUCAGCAGUCCACUGAUCUCGCCGCUCGCUCAGAUGCCACCCCAGCAUCCGCCUACGCCGCGCACGGCCAGCAGCUGCAUGUCCAUACCCACCAUCGGAGGCUGUUCGCCCAGCGGCAGCCAGAGCAGUCUCAACUCGGUGGGUGUGGGUACUCUGCCCACUUCUAGCUCGCUGCCGGCCAUGGCAUCGGCUACAUCCUCAACGCAGACCAUAAAGCGGCUGUCGGUUUCGCCCCGCUCCCGCUUCCAUGUGUCGCGCAUCUACGAGGAUCCCCAGGUCCCAAUGGCCAAUCGCCAGCUGCCACCUAUAACGCCGCAUACACCACCCAUCGAUCUGCCGCCCACACCGAUGCUAAAGUCAUCCCGGAAGGCGGUGCAGUUAUCGGAUGCGGUCGAAGCAGCAGCAGCGGCUGCCACUGCGAUUAGCAGCACUUUAGUGACCAUCAGCAGCGUAGUGAUUGUGGAGCCCACCGUGGACGAGCCAGAGGACAGCGACGCACAGCGAAAUAGUACAAAUGCCGACGAGGCUGCGGGACAGAAACUCUCACCGCAUUUCUCCCAUAACUCCCCUCCAUCAUCCAACUCAUGCUCAACAUCUCCCGGCAGCAGCAUAAGCAGUGGCAGCAGCACGAGCUCCAGCAGCAGCACCAACGCUUGUGCCAGCAGGAGCAGUAGCAGUAGCACCUCCACCGACAUAACAGACUCUAUUAGCUCUGGACCAUCAUCGGGUUGCUCGGAAACAGUGCCACGGACAUGUCCGUUGGCCAUGUUUGGCGACAAUGAUAUAACCCUAACCAAGGAAUCGGCUGCUGUGGUUGCACUCUCUGUGCCAUCAGCUGUAGAUCCAGUGCCAGUUCCAGUGCCAGAGGCAGAUCCAGAGACAACAACAGAACCAGAGCCAACGCUGGUCAGCAAUCCGCAGCCAGCGGCGCGUUGCCGCAAGACCUCGUGGAUAGCCAACCCCUCGGCGGUGGAUAAGCUUCUCACGCUCUUCAAUCCGGGCACGAUUUUCCAGCGCAGCUCAUCGCCAGAGCCAAAGCCCAGUCAGCAGCAGCAGCAGGCUGCAGUGACCAACAGCGCACCGAACAACGCACAGACAGCAGAAGACGAUGGCAAUACCAAAACCCAAGCAACACAAGUUCUGUCGGUGUCGCGAAAGAAUUCGCCUUCAUCCUGGACCUCUCUGACCAACUCCAACUCUUACUCCACCUCAAACUCAAAUUCCAAUUUGGACAGCGUUUCUGGUACAGGCAGUUCCUCAUUCCUGGACGCGGCCUCGCGUCAGUUGCGUGACUUCAGCAAGCAGGUCUUUCGGCAGAACAUUUCGUUCAACAACAGCAGCGAUUGUGCAGCCAGCUCGGUGACAACCGCCGUCCAGUUGGAUGGAAACGGAGCAACGGGUACGACGACAACGACGGCCACGACCACUUCGUCAUCGAGUAGCACAGAGUCAGCCUCGCCGCCGGAAUGCAAUGCGGCUCAUAUGCUACCGCCCAGUCUGAAGCGUCAGCUGAAAGAGAACAUUUCCCCAGAGCACACCAUCAACGAGGAGACGCUGCACACGCUGCAAAAGCUAUCGCGAGUGGAUGAUGUGCCCACAGACUUGGGUGACAUUAAGAUUGUGAUGUACAGCGAAGUGGCGCAUUGCCUGCCAGAGGAGCAGAAGCAGAAGCAGAACUCGGAGGCGGAACAGGAGGCCUCGAGCCUCGCACAACACUAAGAAGAAUUGAGGAUCGGCUACUUACAAAAAUAACAUAGGAUCUAAGCUAAAUAAACGUGUGCAAUUGACAAUGUUGAGCGGCAGAGAGAAAUGGAAAGGAAAGGAAGGAAAAUCGACUAAAGAACUAAAGAACCACCCACCACCCAGCAUUCCCAUGGCGCUCCUUUGAACCGAAACCAGCCCACCCGCCUUGAAAAAAUGAUGAUGAUGAUGGAAGCAUGUGGAACCCACUGUAACUAUUAACAGAAACAACAAAUAUGAAGAAGUAUGUACACACAAGUUAUUGCUAACUAUGUUUUAUUUUUGGUUAAAUUCGUUUUAAGUU